CUUAAUAUGUCAAUACUAAAUAGUCGGUUAUGUAGGUAACUAAUUAAUAUUAUAAAUUUUCGCCCAACAUCUAUAUUUUUUUUAAAGUAUGUUUUCCGUUAAAUGUUCAAAACUAUAUGUAUCGAGUCGUAAAACCAAAUAAUCCGUCAUCAAACAAAUACAUCAAUUUUUAUAGAAUUCCAAUGACUCAGUGGGCGACAGAAGGUAUGGUGAAUAGUACACAUUGGUAUGAAAAUAACGAUGUUAAAAUCUGAAACCAUCCGUUCUCAAGAAUGGGUGCCUUUUGUUACUCAACAACAAAGGCUCAGAAAUUUAAUUCAAAUCAAUGGUUACAAUCUUUGUGAUGAUCCAGAAUGUACUGCUAAUACAACUUCCUAUUAUUACACAUUGCAUUUAACAACAAUGUGUGCUCCUUUGUAUACUAGUGAAAAAGUUAGCAGCCGUAAUCCAAAAUGGACAAAAAUGGAUAUUUGUAGUUCAAUUGGAUCUGCUAAAGCGGUUGUAAUACGAUUGUGGAGAACUACAGAUGACCAAACAAAAGUUUUGUUUGUUUGGGGCAUUGAACUAAGUGGUCUUUUGUAUAUAACUCCAAUGUCAUUAAAUCCAAAAAUGUUUCAUUCUAAUUCUUUAGUAUUUUGUAUGACUGGAGGAAAUUAUACUGCUCCACAUUGCAUUGCUGAAGAUCAGCCUACUUUAGCUCGCAUUACUCAUCUUACUUUGCCUGUAAAAGAUGUUAGAUUAAGUGGUACGCUUUUACAACUGACAAGGAUGCAUAAUAUUCAACGAAUAACUAGUAAACAAAGAGAAGCAGCAACUUUAUUAAAAGAAAAAGUAGUUCAAGGUGAAAUCGGUUUGAACGAACAUCGAACUGGAAGACAUCAAAGUGCUACAAUACGUAGAUUGAUGAACAAAGAAAUUGGACAAAAACCAUCUCGUCAGAGUAUUCUGUGUAGGAGAAAAGAAAUUGAACUGGUAAAAUUUAGAGUAUUGUUGCUAUGUCAAGAAAAAUCUCGUAAAAUUGUCAUUCUUCGCAAUAAAACACUAACUAGUAAAACAUUUUAUGAUGCAAAUUGUAUACAAAAUAGCAAGCUAAUUGAAAUGAACGAAACACUUUGCAUCAAUAUCCAUCAGCUGAAACAAUUGAGUAAUACAUCUGACUCAGUUGAUACAUUGUCCGCAUUAAAUAGUCAACUCAUUUAUCGGAAAAAACAACUUGUUUCAGAACUUAAUUUUAUAUAUCCUAUAACAGAGGUUAACGAAAAUAUUUCAAUAUGUGAUGUUCAUCUUCCAAAUUCAGAAAACUUUGAUGGCUGCAAUGAUAUUCAAUUGAGUAUUGGUCUGGGUUACGUUUCCCAUUUAAUUCUUAUGAUUUCCUACUUUCUAAAUAUUCCAUUGAGAUACCCUAUUAACCACAUAGGAUCACGUAGUAAAAUUAUCGAUCAUAUUUCAUUAGAUAUACAGGAUAGAGAACGACUAUUUCCUUUGUUUGGUCGUGCUAAAGCUCGAUUAGAAUUUAAUUAUGCUGUUUAUUUGCUAAACAAAAAUAUUGCCCAACUUCGAUGGUACAAUGGUUAUAGUACUAACGACUUGCGUACAACCUUAUACAAUUGUUUAAUUAUGUUACAACCACAAUCAAGUUUAUUAAAAUUACAAACUUCAAAAUUCACAUCUUCAAAUUCUUCGCUAGAGUCUUCUUUAAAUGUACCACCCAGAUCUUCCAGAGAUGUUUAUAGAGAAGAUACUAGUAGUUCAGAUGAUUCAAAAAUAAAAGGAAUACCUCACUCUUCUUCAGAUCCGUCACUAGCUGAUGAUAAGACACAAGCGUACAAUGAUUUUAAUUCAUCAUAACAUGUAUGAAAAUUCCUGAUAUUUUUAUUGGCCAAUGUUACCGACUGUUAUAUUAAUUAAACAUUUUAAGACUGGUCUAUUUGAUUACUAAGUAAUUUUUUAAUUCAUUAUUCUUAUUAUUGUUUAUUAUAUUAUAAUAUAAUAUAAUAACUAUGCAUAUUUAAUUAUUAUUUAUUUAUAACCAUAUUGAAUGCUAUUACUAUUAUUUAUGAGUAUUCAACUUUUAUUAGUUUUUUAUAAUAUAUUUACACAAAUAUUCAACAAUGUAAAAAUAUUUUUUUAAAUUAUUAUUACUUAUCAGUUAAUUUAUUAUUAGUAAUAUUAAGUAGCUUGCAAGUUUCUUUUUCUCCAACCAAUUUGGUUAAAAAUUUUGAAUGUCAAAAAAAUAAAUAGCUAUAAGAUACUUUUUCAGGGAUUUAAAUUGGGGUUGGUAAACUUUCCCAAUUUUUAAAACUAUUAAACUUUCCUGGCUCAACAUUAUGUUUACCCGAUGGAAAUAUAUAAACUCUCCCGGGUCAAUAUUAUUUUCAGUAUUCAUUAUAACAUUUUCCCGUAAAUGUGUUAAAUAAAUAAACAAAUAUUUAUCGCAAAAAAUUAUAGUCUAUAAAUACCAAAAAAUGGACAACUUAAGUUUUUUAAAUCUGCAUGUCUGUAUAAUUAUAAAAUUAAAUUAAAAUGUUAAUUUAAUUAAUUGAUAUAAGCAUUGAGUAUAGAUAGAUAUUUUAUCUAUACUCAAUGAUAUAAGCUAUUAUUAUUUUUAUUAUUUACUAUAGUGAUAUAAUUUAAAUAAUAUAUUUCAUUUUUAAAACUUUUUAUGGUCAUAUUAUAAUGUAUAACUAUAAUGUAUAAACAAAGUUAUUACAGACACUGGAGAGUUUAGAUGUACCUGUCAGGUAGUACUGGAUUAGACCCGGAAGAGUUUAUAGGUCAUUAAAAUUGGGAGAGUUUACAAUUGACUUUUAAAUUUAUUUAAUAAAAUAAAUUAUAUUAAGAAUACAAUGUUAGAUAACUAUAAUCUUAGUCAGUGGUCUCCAAUCUUUUUUUUUUACGGCGUACCGAAUUUGCUUAAGAAAGGGAUAGAAAGAUAAUGAUUGUAAGAUUAGGAUUUUAAUGCACUAAAAAAACUAAAAAUACCAUUAAAAAAAUGUAUGUCCUAAAAAUUCUUACUAAUGCACUUAAAAAUGGGGCGAUUGUAAACUUCGCCAGAAUACCGGUUAGAUUAAAAGGUAAUUAAAAGGUCUAAUGUAAACUCCGUCAGUUUUAUUUUCUUACCUGAAAUGGGUGUAUGUAAACUCCACCAGUUUUAUUAUGAAUAUUAUUUUAUAUCAAUUGUAUGCUCUUAGCCGUUAGAGAAUUUUUAAUUUUUGGCUUCAUUUUGAUAUAUUUUGUGUAAAAUGUAUUAUUUACUUAUAACUAUUAUAUUUUAAUGUGGACGAUUAUUAAUUAAUAUUAUGAAAAUUAUGAAUAUUAUAUUAUAUCAAUUGUAUGCUCUUAUCCGUUAGAUAAUUUUUAAUUAUAUUUUAAUGUGGACGACUACUAAUUACUAUUAUUAUUAUUAUUUUUAUUUUAAAAUAAUAAUUAUAUUAAUUUUAUACUGUUAAUUGAUUAUCUUCACUGGCGGAGUUUACAUGACCUCAAUUUUACCUGUUUUUUUUUUUACUGGCGGAGUUUACAGUAAAAAAAGGUACUUGUGGCGGAGUCUACAUGCGCCCAAAAAAUGCACCAAUUUUUAUAAUUUUUAAUAAUUUCUAAAUAAAUUCUAGCGUAAAUUGUAUGUAAAUGACAAUUUACAUAAACUGAAAUAAUAAGUACAAUCUUAUUAUUUUAUAAUUUAAUAAUUUAUUUAUUAUUUUAGCUCCAUAAUUUUACAAAGAAAAAAAAUUGUAAAAUGUUACGUUACUAUUGAGAAGUUUGGAAUUGCUUGUCUUUUAUUAAUUAAAAAAAAUUAUAAGUUUAAACUAAUGUAUUUUCUUUAUAGUGUAUAUUCUUUAUAUUCAGUUAGCUUAGUGGGCCAGUUCAAAAAUUUUGAUGGGCCGGGCCGUAGGUUGGAGAUCACUGAUAUAGAUCAUAUGCUUGUAUGAACUAAUGGCAUGUUUUAAUUUUAGAUUUAUACUAUUUUGUUACUAAAUUACACAAUAUUAGAUUAUUUCUAUAUAAUAUAGUUAUGCUCAAUGUAUAUGAACAACAUUCUCAUGUAUUUUUUUUUGAAUUCAGAUUUAUGUACUUAUCGCACUUACUUAUAUGCUUAAAAUUGCAUGAUCAUUUUCAGCCAACUCAUAAUAACCUAAAUACAUUUUAUUUUAUAUAAAUUAUCUUAGCUUUAAAUUAUGUUGCACUUAAAAAUGUUUGAUGUUCGCCAGCCUUCAUCUGUGCUUUACAUUAAAAAUCCUUCCUUAUUUCUAAUACAAAUUCAUCAAAUGUUGUUAAAAUUAAUAUGUUAUUAUGAAAAAUAUAAUAAAUCAAGGGGUUUUUAUUAGCCUGCCUGGAUUUUAUCAACUUCAAAAUUAACCUGAAUUUAAAAUAGAGAUUAUUCACGUAAAUCUAGUUUUAUAAUAAAUUUGCUAAACUAAUUUUUAAAUAAUGUUUUAUCAAAAUUUUAAAAUUUUUUUUUAGAAAUUAAUUUUGUCUAAUAAAAAUAGGUAUCUCAUCAACAAAAAUUAUAAGUUAAGAAUAAACUUUUUUGCUUUGUUUUGUAAAUUACAUUUUUUUUCUAUAAUAAUUACAUAAUGUACCUACUACCUAUUUUAGUUACUCCCUAUAAAUUGUUUAUUUUUACCAUGUUAACAUUUAUAUGAAUUUAUUUUUUUAUUUAAAACAAAAUAUAAAGUAACCAAUACCAAGACAUUUUUUUUUUAAUGCACAUAUUAAUAUUAGUUUUUAUAAUUAAACAUCUAGAUUAGUAUUAUAGACUAGCAGAGUAGACUACUAUAGUUUAUUGUUCUAGAUGGGUGAUGUAUAAUAGUUGAUUGUUAUUUUCUUUUUUUCAUACACAAAAUAAACACUGAACAGUGAUGACAGAAUUUAAAUAACAAACUUAAUUAUUAAUAUUGUUAUAAAUAUUAAAUGCAUCUUUGAAUAUACAUUCUAAUAACAAAUAAUAUAAAUAAGAGUUGAGUGAUUAAAAAAUAUUUUCCAGGUUUAUCAUAAAAACUCAAAAAAUGUUGUCAUUAUAAAUAACUAGUUUCUAACUUUAAAAUUCAAAAUGUUCGGCUUCUAGGUUAUUUUAAAUGUUAAUGAUAAAAAAUCUGCUUAAGCUUUAUUAUAACAACAAUUGUUCAGUGAGAAUUUGACACUCGUUUUUCUUGACACCUACGAGGAUAUUUUUACUAUUACCAACUACAUACAGUAUUUAUUAUACGUAGCCACAUACCCACGUAACUAAGUAUUAAUGUAUUAUUAUUAUUUAUAAUCCUUGAUUGUCUUGCACAGAUGCAUGCGUUAUUUGAAAAAAUGAAAAAAUAUUACUACUAGCUUUAAGUGCAUAUAAAAAAAAUGAUAUAUAUUUUAUUAUUUUUCAACUAUUAUUGUAACUAGGUAUAUAUCAGGAGUUUUGUAUUAAAUUUUCGCGCUUUUUGGCCAACAAAUAAAAAUUUUUUGAUACCUAUACACAGAAAAAAAUCUAAAAAAAAAUUUUAAAUUUAAAAUGUCUGCAAACAGCUAAGCAUUAGUUGUCUAGAGGAGUCACUUUAAUGGAUGCGUAAACGCGUUGAAUUUGGAUUCAAUAAUAGAUAUUAAAUCAUCGUACCUAUACGAAAAAUGUAUAUUUUAUGAUAUUACUGUGGUUAAAGUAAUUUAUUUUACUACUAAGCAUUAGUACUACAGUAGGUUAAAUUAAUAUUUGCUGAAAAAAUUGAAUUUGAAAAUGUCAAUGUGUGUACAAAAUAUAAUAAUAUACCAACUUGGAAUUUGAAAAGUUUCCAAUACCCUCAAAUAAUAUUUUUAAUUACAACAAAAUAACUAGGUAAAAUAGUUAUUCUCCAUUUAAAUAUCUAAUUCCGACUAAUUUGAACUUAAAAUGUCUGCAGAAAAAAACUGUAUUUAUAUAUUUUUUAGAUUUGUUGAUUACAGUAUGAACAAUUUAUGAAAAUCCUUGUUUUAAAUUUUCUUUUUAUAAGAAUACGAUAGCUAUAAAAGCUAUAAAAAUGGAACAUUUUAUAAAUUACAAAGUAAUUUGCAAAUUUUCGAGCUUUGGUCAAAAUCUUAACUUAAAA